AUGUCUCCCGACUCAACCAACGUACACGCACCCAAGGGCAAGACGUCCAGCCAAAAGUUCGCCGAUGCUGAUACCAAAUAUAAAAACCAGCUCCAGCAGAUGAGUCACACGGAGCGGGCUCUGAAAGGCCUUCCGUACCUCGCAAAUGACCCCGCCCUUGUGCGCGCACGUCUACGAGCGCGCCGGAUCUUCCAUGCAUUCAACGCGUCCCUGCCCAAUCCCACCGAUCCAAGCGAUCUACCCGCGGGGCAACAGCCGCAAGGCAUCGGCGGGUCGUCAAUUGGAGCAGGAGACUCACCUCCACCGGACGUCAUGGGCGAUGAGCGUCGCGAGCUCAUCUCCAAGCUGCUCGGUGUUGGCAAGGACAGUGUGCAGCGCGUCGAGAUUGAGCCGCCAUUCUGGUGCGAUUAUGGAACAAACAUCAAGCUGGAAGGCGCGUUUUACUGCAACUGGAACACGACAAUCUUGGACGCAGCAGAAAUCACUAUUGGCGAUGGUACUUUAUUCGGACCAAAGUGA